CACAAGGAGAUGUGUUCAUCUGAAGCAUUCUUGUUUUAGUUUUGUUUGCAGUUGGUCAUCUGGCCUCAUCAUAGUUAGACGAAAAUAUUGAUAAUAUAAAUUUUAUUCAAAAGCAGACAAAUAUAGUUAUUGCACGUGAAUUUGUUUAUUAACGGGUUAUUGAAAGUACAUGCAUACAUAAAAUGCAUUGCCAUUGUAUUUUCCUUUAUGUGCUGUUUAUAACUCUUGUGUCUUGCUUUGCUAUUCCUUGUGAUUCAUGUGGAAAUGAGUGUGCUAGUGCUUGUGGAACAAAACAUUUCAGGUCAUGCUGUUUUAAUUAUCUAAGAAAAAGAUCUGAUGUGAAGUCCAUUAAAAUGGUUUCAAAUAAAAAACUAACGGAUUAUAUAAUGCUCCAAGGAAAAGCAAUGUUUACGCGAAACGAAAUGAGCAGCCGACAUGCAAAUAUUUUACUUACAAGUACAAACAACUCAACUCAUAGACGGAAGCCGAACAAACUAUACGCCUUUAACAAAAGAUGUUUAAAAAAUAUUUCAAACUGCAUUGAAUAUUAAUUUAUCUCGUUUAUUAUAUUGCAAGCAUUAUUAUAUUUCGGAAAUAAAAAAAAAGUAGUGGUCUGAUUUUAAGAUUUAUAU